AUGAAGGGUAUCUUGCGGAAGAAAGGAGGCAAGUCCAAGGCUUCUUCCAAGCCCUCUUUGAAGCAAUCUCCAAGGCCGUCAACGCCACAAGGAAGUGAUGCCGGGAAACGCCGAGAAGGACUCAAACGAACCAAGGGCUCCAAAGGCAAAAUCUCACCUCAAGAUGGAGAGACCAACACGGCGCCUGCCAGCGAACGGAAUGUCCGUGCGCCAAAACAGAAUCGUCAAAACAUUUUUGCCCAAUCCCUCGACAUUGAAGCCGAAACCAACUUUGAAACCCCCGUCUUUCCCAAAUCUGCCACGGCCAUUCAGUUCAUUGAUGGGAUUAUGGAAGAUAAUUUUGUCUUUGCCAGUUUGGCCCCCAAAGAACGACGGACCAUGAUUGAUGCCAUGAAAUGCGAAACCGUCCCGGCGAAAACGCAAAUUAUCAAACAAGGAGAAACGGGAGAUUACUUUUACGUAGUGGAACAGGGAACGGUCAAUUUUGAAGUCGACAGUGUCAAUGUCGGUUCGUGUUCCCGUGGUGGAGCGUUUGGAGAAUUGGCGUUGCUCUAUGAUUCCCCUCGAGCGGCAACUUGUUUGGCGCAUACGGAAUGUGAACUGUGGAAAGUGGACCAGAAAACAUUCCGAUACAUUCUCGCCAAUAGUACCAAUAGCCAGAAAAAGGACGUGCAUCAUAUUCUUCAAAAGGUACCCUUCUUGACAGAUUUGGACAAGCUGGAUCUCAUCAAACUGUCAGAUGCCUUUGUGGCCAAGAGCUAUCCGGAAGGUGGACGGAUCAUCAACAAGGGAGAUGUGGGGGAGAAUUUCUACAUUAUUCAAGAAGGAACGGCAAAGGUGCAUGACAUUGGCUUUGGGGAUAGUGCAUCGAUUGAAAUAUCCCUCAAAGCAGGAGAUUACUUUGGAGAACGAGCACUCUUGACGGGGGAUCCCCGGGCUGCCCAUGUGACUGCCACGAGCACUUGCAUCUGCCUGUGCCUCUCACGAGAAACCUUUCAGCAGGUGCUGGGCCCGCUGCAGGGAGCCAUUGAUCGAGCCAUGAAAAAGCGGGCACUCAUGGGUGUUCCCGUCUUUGCCGACUCCAAACUACAACAAUUUGAAAUGGCUCGUCUUACGGAACUUAUUGUCGAGACCACCUUCCAGCCAGGCACUGUCUUGGCCGAGAAAGGAAAACCACUGAUACAGAAUCUCUAUGUCAUUUUGCAUGGAAAGGUUGCUGUGGUCAACCAGGAUGGAAUGGUCAAAAUAUUGAAAGAUGCAGACUACUUUGGUGACCGAUACCUCAAGGAACCAGAUGGUUGCUUGAGUAACCAAUCCAUCACUGUCAAACAGGCGACAAAAUGUGUGGUUCUAUCCAAGCACGAUAUCGAAGGCGUCCUUGGAAAUAUUGCCAGGCUGGGCGAACCAUUGACCAAUGUUUCCGCCACUAUGGACCGAUCCAUCCGCUUUAAAGAUUUGGAGAAGACGCGCAUCCUUGGAGUCGGUACAUUUGGAAUUGUGUGGCUCGUCAACCACAAAAAGACCAGCAAACCAUAUGCACUGAAGCAACUUGACAAACGUGAGAUCAUGGGGCAUCAUCAAAUAGAUGGAGUGUUACGUGAGAAGAAUAUCAUGGCUUCGUUAGAUCAUCCCUUUGUCAUUGAUCUCGUCUCGACGUUUCAAGAUGAGUGCCACCUCUACAUGUUAAUUGACCUCGUUCAAGGUGGUGAACUCUUCUCCGUGAUUCAUUCCGAGAAACGAGAUGGAAUCCCAAACGGAAACGCCCGCUUCUAUGCGGCGUGCAUCUUGGAAGCAAUGUCACAUUUGCAUUGCAGGAACAUCUGCUACAGGGACUUAAAACCCGAGAACGUGUUGAUUGAUCAAUGGGGCUACACGGUCCUUGUGGAUCUUGGUUUUGCCAAGGUGGUUGUCGACAAAACGUACACACUUUGCGGGACGCCAGAGUACUUGGCACCUGAAAUCAUUGUUUCAAAGGGUCAUGACAAAGGAGUGGAUUAUUGGGCGUACGGUGCACUCAUAUUUGAGAUGAUAGUUGGAGUGUCACCGUUCUAUUCGGAAGGAACUGACCAGGUGAGCCUGUUCAAACGGAUAGUUCAGGCAAGCUUUGAGUUUCCAGAGGGCAUUGUUCAUGAGCAGGCAGAAGAUUUGAUCAAGAGGCUACUGACACACAGACAAGCAGAUCGCUUGGGAUGCAUGGCCAGUGGAGAAGACGACAUUCGAAACCACAAAUGGUUCAGUGUCAUCAACGUUGACAAGCUGCUACGAAAACAGUUUCCGGUACCUUGGAAACCAAAGAUCAAGAACGCACUUGAUGCUUCUCACUUUGAAAACUAUCAAGAUCUCGAAAAUGAGUUGCCACCCAAGACAAAGCCAUUGACAACAGCAGAGCAGGUUGCGUUCAAAGACUUCUAA